AUGUCUUCUCAAUUGAAAGAGAUCUGUAAUACAAUUUAUCGUGAACAAAUUCAAAGUAUUAAAGAUUUAACAUCAGGACAUUUAAAUGAAAAUCAUCUUUAUCAUCCACCGAAUACAAUCGAUGGAAAAAGAAAACCAACUUGGUCAUCUUCACAAAAACCGCAUCCAACAUUACGACCAUCACAUCGUCUGAAAACAUAUUCAUCAAAUAUUGAACAUAUGAAAGAUAGUUUAGUUGAUUUUACUUAUUUAAGUUUACCAGAACUUCCAAAAAAACAAUCACAAAAAUCACCAAGAUUAGAUGAACAACAAUCAUUAUCACCUUCAUCAUCCAUAACUUGUGAACAAUUACCACCGAUUACUAAUGAGCGUUUUCAAGUACCAACAUUUUCAAUCGAUAUAUCCGAAGAACAACGAGUACGAAAAUUGAAAACAUUUAACGAUACAGUUAUACAAACGAAAGAUGUUAAUUUACAUGGUUUGGGAUAUAGUGAAGAUUUUGUUGCUUCAGUUGAACAAACACUUUUAAUGAAAUUAUCAGCUAUUGAUAGUCAACAUAAAGGUCAAACAAUUAGUUUAACUCGUCUUCAAGCAUAUGGUGAAGCUUUAAAUCAAUUAACUGAAGGUUCAGUUGCUUUUGGUCCUGCUCUUGAACGUAUUAAAGAUGAAUAUGAUUUCUAUCUUGAUCAUUUAUUAAUCAGUCAACCUGAAUAUGGUACUCAUAUUGCUGAACAAUUAAAACGAUUACGUCAAGCUCAACCGAAAUUUUCAACAACUAAUCCAAAAUUAUUUGAUGUUGAUAAAGUUGAAGAACAAGCAAGACGAGCAAUAGAACGAAAUCGACAGUUAAAUGAAGAACUUAAACGAGUAAAACGUGAACAAAUUAGAAUACAAGACGAAGCGCCAGCUCGAAUAUUUGCAUUGUCAAAUACAUCGAAAGAAAUCAAAGUGAAGACACAAGUGGAAUUAGUUGAUGAUUUAAGACAAAAUAUAUUUGAUUUACUCGAUCAAUUAACAAGAAAAAAACAGGAAUUAAAUGAAAAAUUUGUUCAUAAAUCCGUUUGUACACAAUUACAAGAAAUUAUUCGAGAUACACAAAUGAUUGUAAUAAAAACAAAUAAAGAAAAUGAAAAAUUAUUAAUUGAACUUGAUAAAUUAGAAGAAAAAAUUAAACAAGAAAUUAUUUCUAAUGAUCAAAGUGAAUUUACUGAAGAACAUGUUCAACAAAUUGUUCAAUUACUCAAGAAAUUCGAUAUAUUACAUAUGAAAAAUUCGAUUUCCGGUGAUGAUGAUACUCAAAUUGAUAAUUCAAACUUUUUACAUACUUAUGAUGAUUAUUUUUCAUAA